AUGGAUGAUGAAAUUGAUGUAGAAUUAUUAUUAUCCAAAAAUGCUAGAACAAUGUUGACAUCAAAUAUGUGGGUAGAAGCAAGACUUGUCAAUGGAGCUUUACGAAAUAUUACACAGAUUGUAUAUAAACCCGAAAGUGCACCACCUCAACCACCAACAUACGUGUUAGUUGAAUUUGACAAUUACUCUGGACUUCCAUUUAAUGAUCGUCAUCCAUCUACAAUUCCAAUUCCAAAAAUCAAAAGAGGUGGUUCUUCUCAAAUACCAUUGCGAUUGGCAUGGGCACUAACGAUACACAAAUCUCAAGGGCUCACUCUUCAAAAGGCUACCAUUGAUAUAGGGCCAAUAGAAAGAACAUGUCUAAUGUUCGUGGCAAUCUCUCGUGUGAAAAGCUUACAGGGACUACAGAUCAUGCCACCAUUCAACUAUGAUAGAUACAAGAAAUUGAAGAAAGGCAAACAAGUCUUCAACAGGAAAAGAGAAGAAAAAAAGGCUUCAAUCCAUUGA